ACGAUGCGAGUUUGGUGCUGCGAAUGUCUUGGCGGGCACCACGGCGCAUGUCUUGCUCCGAUCUCACCUUCCCCUCCUCCCCGAUGGAUCCUGCCCUGCUGAAACAGAUAUACGAGCUCGCAUCCAAGCCAUCGACGCCGCUCCCAACACAGGAGUGGAAGGUCUUUCUGGAGCUGCGAGGGCUGAUCGAUCGACUCGUUGCCGCACAGAAAGAUGGAGCCAAGUCAAAGACACACUCCCCCGAUUAUGCCCAACUCGUCAAGUGGCUCCACCAGCACAGCGUCGAUACCACUGCCGUCGAGAUUCACCAGACCGAGUCGGAAGGAUACGGCCUGUUUGCCACCCAGGAUCUCGAGGUCGGCGCCGAGUUCCUCAGCGUGCCCCGACAGGUUAUGAUUUCAGUCGACACCGCAUCGGCGGUCCUGAAGGGAUAUAUUCAGCGUGACCCGAUCCUGCAAGCCAUCCCGUCGCUAUCGCUGGCUCUGCAUGUUCUGGUGGAGGCGCUCAACCCAAAGUCUGUGUACAAGCCAUACCUCGACACCCUGAUCGACAUGCCCUUCACGAUCCCGCUGUACUGGGAGCCCCGCCAAGUCGAAGCCCUGAAGGGAACGAGCGUAUUUGCGGAGGCGAUCAAGCUUCUCAAGAACACCGCUCGGCAGUAUGUGCAUCUGUACAAGUUGAUCGAGGCCGCAGGACGAUCAUUUCCCAUCAAGCUGCGUGAUUUCACAUAUGAGCGCUUUCGGUGGUCCGUCUCGGUUGUUAUGACCCGGCAGAACCCCGUGCCCAGCGCAGACGGCACUAGAACCUGCAUGGCCCUGAUCCCCCUGUUUGACCUCGCCAACCACCGCCCCGGAGAGAUCACCACCUUCCAUGAGCUGAACACGGACUGCACACAUUCGCUCACCCUGUCGGCGUGUGCGAAAGGUGACCAGGUGUACAUGUCGUACGGCGGCCGAUCCAAUCAGGAUUUUCUGCUCUACUCUGGAUUCGUCGACCCUAGCGAGCGGAAGAACGACUGCAUCAAAAUAUGGUGCAGCAUCGGCAAGGACGAGGGCGACGCUUCCAACCGAGCCCGGAAGCAGCUCCUCGAAAGAUACGGGCUCCCCAGCGCUGGGUUCUAUCGGCUCAAGGCAACCCUGAGCGAUUCACCCGAGCUUAUGGCGCUUGUGCGUGUCUUGACCAUGAGCCAAGUCGAGCUGGAGGAGGUCGGACAGCAACCACCAGAGACGCCGACAGAUCUGUCGCAGCCGGUGACAGAUCGAAACGAGACGGCGGCCCUCGAGUGGCUACGCAACCGAUGUCGGAUCAUGCUGAUGGGACUGGCUCCAGUCGAUCUUGCGGCCGACAGCCCCAGCAACGACGACCGGAUUAUGCAACUCGCAGUCGCAAUGCGGACACUGGAGCGCGAGCACCUGGAGAGUGUGAUCGCCGGCAUCGACGCACAGGGCCGCUAACAGUGCUGCCGCUGGCUCAAGUACCCGGCGAUAUGGACCGUUGAGGAGCAUGGAGGGCCAUGGUCACAGCUCGCCAAUCAAACCGACAAUAUAUCUGCGUUUGAAGGCACGAUUCGGUGCGAAUGGGUUCGUCGUGAUGGACUGAGUGGUGUCGAUCGACUGUGG